GAAGUACAAAAAAGGUACAUUUGCGAGGUUAAUUCUACAAGCAUGGUGUAUCACUGAACUAUGCCUAUUUUCAUUUAAUUAUUGAUACCGUAUUUAAUUUCGCAAAAUGUCUCUUAUCUUAAAAACAUUGACCAGUAUACAAUCAUUCAGUAACUUAUUGAAACCUGGAAUCGAAGUUACAACCCUUGCCAAACGUGGAGCCAAGCGUUUAAAUCCGUAUCCUAAAAAGCGACAUCCUGGAUGGUUGCCGAGGCCAACUCAUGUUCUUUAUAAAGAUGAUAUCACACCAGAGAAUACAAAAUUCAUUAAGGAAGUAGUCGAAACUAGAUUUGGCAAACCAGAUGUAGGGCUUGGUAUGCAGUCUAAAAGUAUUUCGCCACUUCGUAAUGAACCCAUUGAACCUCAGACUGAAUGGAAGGAAGGAAUGCGUCGCACUGGAGUAAUUGCUAAAAAAAUUGGAGUUUAUCCCAUGUGGCUAAAGGAUGGUACAAAAGUUCUAUCCACGCUAUUGCAGGUGAUCGACAACCAUGUCAUAAGGUACAUGUCUCCAGAAGAAUAUGCUCCUGUUAUUCAACGGAACAAUAUCCGCAAUCGUUUAGGUUGUUUAAUUGUAGGAGCAGAAAGUAUGGACCCACAAUUAUUUACUAAGGAAUAUUGUGGAGUAUUCAACGAGUCAGGUGUAUUACCAAAACGUAUGCUAGGCCGUUUUCUAAUUUCUCCAAAUGCGGCAUUACAACCAGGAACCCCUCUCUAUGCUGCACAUUUCAAACCAGGUGACUAUGUUGACAUCCGUGGCAAAACGAUCGACAGAGGAUUUCAAGGUGUUAUGAAGAGAUGGGGUUUCAAAGGUAUGCCUGCUAGCCAUGGAGUUACCAAGACUCAUCGAAGAGGAGGAAAUAUUGGUUCUGGUGGCACAAAAGCUCGUGUUAUGCCAGGCACAAAGAUGCCAGGACACAUGGGAAAUCGCUGGCGUGUAUUUCGUGGGAUUCGAAUCUUACGAAUAAAUACUAAGUACAACGUUAUCUGGGCUCUUGGACCGCACAUUCCUGGUGAAACCAACAGCCUACUGUAUAUGUACGAUACGGUACUACCUACAAGAAAACCUUCUACCGCACCGCAUUUCCCUACGUAUCUUCCAUCUAUCCAGGAAAAUCCUGUGGAAGAGGAACUGUGGGCAGAAGACGUGCAUCGUUUCGACGAUCCCUGCAUAGAAUUUAUAGAGGAAACAAAGUAAGUUAUUACGUGGUGAAAAAGUGAAAACACUCAUGAUAUACCUUCAUCGUAUUCACUGUUUCCAUCAUCAUCUGAAGAUUGUAUAACGGUUGAUGACGGAGGACUACUGCACCUACAGCAUAUUCAUACUAGACUUUUAUUCGUGUUGUGUUGCGCCUUCUUACAGAACGUCCAUAAUAUGGAAUUAUACUAAUAAAGAGUAGUUAAUCGA